UAACAGACCUCCUCUUUUCUCAUUUCCCCUUCCAAAGAACAGGGCUGGUUACGCAGGGAACACAAAACGUAAAUAUACUGCAAUUAUGGCGGCUACUAUCAAAGCUAUCACAGUGUUUUGUGGUUCCAGUUUUGGAGACGAUCCUCGAUAUGAAGAAAAUGCCAGACUUCUUGGUAAAUGCUUAGUAGACCAGAAAAUAGAUCUUAUUUAUGGUGGAGGUGAUACUGGUCUUAUGGGUGCCCUCGCUAGCACUGUGCAUGGAAAUGGUGGCAACGUUACUGGAUUYUUACCAGAGUUUAUCACACAAAGAUUCCCAGUAAGGGUUAGGGACUACAAUGGUAAAACAAUUAUGGUGACAGAUAUGCACACAAGAAAAAGGAACAUGCUGGAACAGUGCGAUGCUUUUAUUGCUUUGCCUGGUGGAUUUGGGACAUCAGAGGAAUUACUGGAAAUGAUUACCUGGAGACAACUAGGUCUACAUGACAAACCAGUGGGGAUACUAAAUAUAGCAGGGUAUUACGACAAGUUUCUUGAAUGGGUGCUCCAUGGUGUAAAGAGUGGAUUUAUAGCCAACGAYAGUGGACGUUAUUAUCCUCGGGAGAUGUGUGUUGCUGAUAACCCUCAAGAACUUAUUGAAAAAUUAAAGGAAUCUAUAGCAGAACAGAAGACAMAAUCCUGAAAAUUUAUACUAAAUAUUAUAAAUAACAAUAUGCAUUGACCUCUGUUGCAGAUGCUUAUAUGUAGUUGAUGUCUGCAAGAGGUUUGAUAUGCAAGCUCACUGUUUAACUUUGAUUGCAUUAUUUGAUUAAAACAAUAAUAUUACUUAUUGGU